UUGAAGGAUCUGAGCUCGCCUUGCAGGACUACCCUAUUAUAUCCAUCGGUGACAACCUGGAGAGAAGUUCACCUCUGAAAAAAAACUCCACUGGGAUGACGAAUCCGUCAGAGGCAGACGAUUUCUCCGACUCGAAGGACUCAUCAGGGGACGUCCAGCGAAGCAAACUCUCUUCUGAUCUUGACGGAGUCGCUGACAGUCGUCACAAUUUCGAUGGAUCUGCAGGAGAACGCUAUCUCCUGUCUCAGUCCAGUCAAGUUCAGCCGAGUCCCACCACCAUGUUUCCCUACCCGAGUCAGCAUGGACCGACGCACCCAGCCUUUUCCAUCGGAAGCCCGGGUCGCUACAUGGCACACCAUCCGGUGAUAACGAACGGAGCCUACAACAGUCUGUUGAGCAACACUUCUCCUCAAGGCUACCCGACCGCAGGCUACCCGUACGCGCAACAGUACGGACACGCGUAUCAAGGGACGGCUUUCUACCAGUUUUCCUCGGCUCAGGCCGGGCUUGUGCCCGGUAAAGCGCAGGUCUACCUCUGCAACAGGGCCCUGUGGCUUAAAUUUCACAGACAUCAAACAGAGAUGAUUAUUACCAAGCAAGGACGGCGAAUGUUCCCGUUUUUGAGUUUCAAUAUAUCCGGUCUUGACCCGACGGCGCAUUACAAUAUUUUUGUGGACGUGAUUCUUGCGGAUCCGAAUCACUGGCGCUUUCAAGGAGGAAAAUGGGUCCCGUGCGGAAAAGCAGACACAAAUGUAACAGGUAACAGGGUUUACAUGCACCCCGAUUCGCCAAACACCGGUGCGCACUGGAUGCGCCAAGAAAUAUCAUUUGGAAAACUCAAACUAACCAACAACAAAGGAGCGUCUAACAACACAGGACAGAUGGUGGUCCUGCAGUCGCUGCAUAAAUACCAGCCUCGACUGCAUGUGGUGCAGGUGAACGAGGACGGAACCGAGGACACGAGCCAACCUGGCCGCGUGCAGACCUUCACUUUCCCGGAGACGCAGUUUAUCGCGGUCACCGCAUAUCAAAAUACUGACAUCACACAGCUAAAAAUCGACCACAAUCCAUUUGCAAAAGGAUUCCGCGACAAUUAUGACACUGUCUACACAGGUUGCGACAUUGAUCGGUUGACGCCGUCCCCGGGUGACUCGCCGCGCUCUCAGAUCAUGCCUAGCGCAAGAUAUGCCAUGGCUGGUUCUUUCCUGCAGGACCAAUUUGUCAGCUCGUAUGCCAAGUCCCGCUUUCACCCUGGCGUCGGAGGCGCUCCUGGCACGGACCGCAGCGUCCCACUUAGUAACAGCUUGCUCUCCCCGCAACAAGCCGAGGAGACCACGGUGGCCUCCCCGCAGCGAUGGUUUGUCACCCCUGCCAACAACCGACUGGACUUUGCCGCCUCGGCAUACGAUGCCGCCGCGGCUGCUGAUUUCGCCGGUAACGCGGCCACCCUUCUGUCGUACGCAGCUGCCGGAGUGAAAGCGCUGCCCCUGCCCGGGGCGGGAUGCUCCAACAGACCUCUGGGGUACUAUGGCGAGCCGCCGGGGUGGGGCACUCGCACCCCGCCGCAAUAUUGCAGCAAGUCCAGCUCCGUCCUCUCCUGCUGGCCGUCCAAUUCCGUGGGGAGCACCAGAACGACGACCUCCAGUUACCUGCUACCUGGUCUCGAGGAUGGCGACCCUAUCGCGGCCGAAAGGUCACCGGAUGAAUCCAAACCGAAAGACCUAUCGGAAUCCAGCUGGAUAGAAACGCCGUCCUCAAUUAAGUCCAUCGACUCGAGCGAUUCUGGGAUUUUUGAGCAAGCCAAGCGGAGGAGGAUUUCGCCAUCUGCCACGCCGGUUUCAGAAACCUCGUCUCCGUUAAAAUCCGAAAUGUUAACGCCGAGGGAAUGCGAGAAAAACUGUUCCAAGGACAUCGCUGUUCUACAGGUACAGAAAGAUGGAUGCGAAGGACCAAGGCGCACAAAUGGAGCCUCUGCUGCCGACGAGGAUAGAAAAAAAAAAAAGAUGCACAACAAAGCUUUACAAGCUUCUUGGUUGGCUAAAUACAAUAGAAAUGAUGAUGAGGCAGUCGUGGACAGAGGAGGCACUCGCUCUAUGCUGAAAGGCAGCUUUGAGAAGGAGGAGCUAGAAGGUCACAGGACUCUGUAUAUCGGGGUUCAUGUUCCUCUGGGCAGGAAAACUCGCCGGCGUCAUCAUCACCAUGGACAUAAACACAGAAAGAGAAGCAGAGAGAGAGACUCGGGGGUCGAAGAUGGACGGGAAUCACCCUCAUAUAAUACUCCCUCUCAGAGGGUUCAGUUUCUGCUCGGCACUGAAGAUGAUGAUGAAGAACAUAUACCUCAUGACCUGUUCACUGAACUCGAUGAGAUCAGCCUGCGUGAUGGAGAAGAUGCAGAAUGGAGAGAAACCGCCAGGUGGUUGAAGUUUGAAGAGGAUGUUGAAGAUGGUGGUGAGCGCUGGAGCAAACCGUAUGUGGCCACACUCACUCUGCACAGCCUCUUUGAACUACGGAGCUGCAUCAUCAAUGGCACCGUCAUGCUAGACAUGAGAGCCAGUUCUUUGGAGGAGAUUGCAGAUAUGGUGCUGGACCAGCAGGAAGUAACUGGGCAUCUUGAAGAUGAUGUUCGUAAGAAGGUGAAAGAGGCUCUUCUGAAGCAGCACCAUCAUCAGAACCACAAGAAACUGGCCAAUCGCAUUCCCAUCGUACGCUCCUUCGCUGACAUCGGCAAGAGGCAGUCUGAGUCAAACUGCAUAGACAAAAACGGUCAGAUGAUUUCUCCUCAGUCUCAGCCCGUCACCACGGAGGUCAAGAGCGAUGUGAGCCGUGAGAACAGUGCCGUGGACUUCAGUAAGAUAGAUCUUCAUUUCAUGAAAAAGAUUCCACCUGGCGCAGAGGCCUCGAAUAUCUUGGUCGGAGAGCUGGAGUUUCUCAACAGGCCUGUGGUGGCCUUUGUCCGUCUCUCUCCUGCCGUACUGCUCAAUGGCCUGGCAGAAGUGCCCAUUACAACCAGGUUCCUGUUCAUUUUGCUGGGGCCUCUGGGUAAAGGACCUCAAUAUCAUGAGAUCGGUCGAUCCAUCGCUACUCUAAUGACAGAUGAGGUUUUCCAUGACGUUGCGUAUAAAGCUAAAGACCGCAGCGAUCUGAUCGCUGGAAUUGAUGAAUUUCUUGACCAAGUGACAGUUCUGCCUCCGGGAGAAUGGGACCCUUCCAUCAGAAUUGAGCCGCCGAAAAAUGUGCCGUCCCAGGAGAAGAGAAAAAUCCCUGCAAUACCCAAUGGAGAGCUGGCAGAUACUGAGGAACAUGGAGGACAUGGAGGCCCUGAGCUGCAGCGCACCGGGAGGUUUUGUGGUGGACUUAUUCUGGAUGUGAAGAGGAAGGCUCCAUACUUCCUGUCUGAUUUCACAGACGCGCUCAGUCUGCAGUGUUUGGCCUCUUUCCUCUUCCUCUACUGCGCCUGCAUGUCUCCUGUCAUCACCUUCGGAGGGCUGCUGGGAGAAGCCACAGAGGGACGCAUAAGUGCAAUUGAAUCGCUGUUUGGCGCCUCCAUGACUGGAAUCGCUUACUCACUGUUCGCUGGGCAGCCGCUCACCAUCCUGGGCAGCACCGGUCCCGUUUUGGUGUUUGAGAAAAUAUUAUUCAAAUUCUGCAAGGAAUAUGGGUUGUCGUAUCUGUCUCUCAGAACGUGUAUUGGUUUGUGGACGGCGUUCCUCUGUCUGCUGCUGGUGGCCACUGACGCCAGCUCUCUCGUGUGUUACAUCACUCGCUUCACGGAGGAGGCGUUUGCCUCCCUCAUCUGCAUCAUCUUCAUUUAUGAGGCCUUGGAGAAGCUCAUACAUCUUGGCGAGACUUAUGCCAUCAACAUGAACAACAACCUCGAAAAACUCACGACAUACAGAUGUUCGUGUAUUGAGCCUCCAAACCCCAGCAAUGCCACUCUGCUGUACUGGGAGCAGAACAACAUCUCAGCUCCUGAAAUUUACUGGGAAGCUCUGGAAGUUCAGGACUGCAUUGAGAAGAAAGGAGAGUUUGUGGGCUCUGCUUGUGGGCCUCAUGGUCCUUAUAUUCCUGAUGUUCUCUUCUGGUCCGUUGUUCUCUUCUUCUCUACUGUUGCCAUGUCAGCAUUCCUCAAAGAAUUCAAGACCAGCCGCUACUUUCCCACUAAGGUCAGAGCCAUCAUCAGUGACUUUGCAGUAUUCAUCACUAUUGUUACUAUGGUUCUGAUGGAUUACGCCAUAGGGGUGCCUUCCCCCAAACUACAGGUCCCCAGUGUGUUUAAGCCAACUCGUGACGACCGUGGGUGGUUCAUUAACCCUCUUGGGCCGAACCCGUGGUGGACAUGUGUGAUCACAGUGAUUCCUGCUCUCCUCUGCACCAUCCUGAUCUUCAUGGAUCAGCAGAUUACAGCAGUGAUCAUCAACAGGAAGGAACACAAGCUGAAGAAAGGCUGUGGUUAUCACCUGGAUCUGUUCAUGGUGGCCUUGAUGUUGGGUGUGUGCUCUCUGAUGGGGUUGCCGUGGUUCGUGGCCGCGACGGUUCUGUCCAUCAGCCAUGUAAACAGUCUGAAACUGGAGUCGGAGUGCUCAGCGCCCGGCGAGCAGCCCAAGUUCCUGGGCAUCAGAGAGCAGCGAGUGACCGGCCUCAUGAUCUUCCUUCUCAUGGGCUGCUCCGUCUUCAUGACCUCAGUUCUGAAGUUCAUUCCCAUGCCAGUGCUCUAUGGAGUUUUUCUUUACAUGGGCGCAUCUUCACUCAGAGGAAUACAGUUUUUCGAUCGUUUGAGGUUGUUCGGGAUGCCGGCGAAACACCAGCCAGACUUCAUUUACCUGCGACAUGUUCCUCUCAGGAAGGUUCAUCUGUUCACCAUCAUUCAGCUCAGCUGUCUGGUUCUGCUAUGGGUUAUCAAAACCUCCAGAGCUGCUAUCGUCUUUCCCAUGAUGGUUUUGGCUCUGGUCUUUAUUCGCAAGCUGCUGGAUUUUAUCUUCACUAAGCGAGAGCUCAGCUGGCUCGAUGACCUCAUGCCUGAGAGCAAGAAGAAGAAACUCGAAGACGCUGAGCGAGAGGAGGAGCAAAGUAUUUUGGCAGAGGAAGAAGGAAUCGUUCAAGUGCCAUUGGAGGGACAUUACAAAGAUGAUCCUUCCACUGUCAACAUUACUGAUGAGAUGUCCAGAGGUUCAUUCGGAAAUACUUGGAAUGUCGUCAACACCAAAAAUGAUCCAAACUCAAAAAGCCCCCUUUCCUAAACUUGUUGAUGUUGAGGUCCCAACGCCUGUGUAAUAAAAAAGCGCACAAGGAACAUCGAUGGGAAGGUGAAGAGAGAUGAGCAUCUGAUAUAUCUUAUUCACUGUGUACACUGUGUACACACUCACACACACACACACACACACACACACAUGUGCCACACCUCUGCUCCCUGUCUUGUUUCAUGUAUCUAUAUUUUUACAUUAUAUCACAACGCUAAACUCUUUUUAGUUUAUAGAUAUAUAGCCUGCUGGUAAUACCAGCAAAUAAAGCCAAUACAUUGAUAGUUCUUGUGUGCAAGAUAAAGAGAGAGUGUGUAGCAGAAUUUUACAAUUAUUGUCUCUGAAGUGUUUUAUAUGUUUGUAUUUUAAAAAACAGUGUUCCUGUUCCAAUUAAAUCGAACAAUUUUCACUUUCCUAAAGGUUUGGAUAGCUUCAAGCAAAUAUGUUUACUGAUGUUUUGGUGAUAUAUCUACAGUAGUUGAGCGAUCAAUUAAUAAAACUGCAUAAUGAAUAUCUUAUUAACGUGUGUGUCCUUGAGAAGGACACUUGACCCCAGUUUGCUCAAGGGACAAAUGUCCCUGCAAUUUUUGUGUACUGUAAGACACUCAAAUAAAAAAUAAAGCAUCUGCUACUGUAUGAAUGGUACAUAAAAGCUUACUGUAAAUCCUUAAUAUACCUGCAAUAGCAUUAAUAUCAGAACAUUUACUGUAUUUUGUUGAACAGUUUGCAUUUAUGCAUAGAAAGCAUUGAAAAUCAAUUUUAGCGAUUUAAUAUUUUUUGCAAUUUAUUUAUACUACGAAUGCUGCUCGUAUAAAAGUGUAAAUAUUAUAUCCAUCAGUCUUGUCUAGAUAGAGUUUAUGCCUAUAUUUUCAAAGCUGUAUGUUGAUAAUCACAAUGCCAAAGUGUAGAUGUGUUUUCAUGCUAAUAUUCGAGGCGGAGAGACAGCUUUGGAUACUUUCCUCACAAGUAAUUGUUUGUAUUAAGAAAUGUAAUGCAUUCAAUGAAUGGAGAGUCUUCACGGAUGGAUUACAUUCCCUAUUCACUAAAGCAAUAGUGUUUUAGAAGGGCAGUUUUUACGUAACAUAUAAAUAAAUGUUUUAAAACGUUUCUGCAUGUUGAGGUCAUUCAAUGCAUUAUUUUCAUUUAAACCCUAUAAACUUCUACCAUUUCUAUUGCUAAAAGUAUUUAUAACUAAAUAGACAAGAAAUCAUUUUAAAAUUACACAAUUUAAAUGUUUUGCUCUUGUUAUGCUUAUUUGUUUUAUGGAUUAUACAGUAUCUUUACACUGGUGGUUUGAGAACAAUUGCUACUCUGCUGUCAUCAGUUAAUUAAAAUAUGUUCAUUCUGACUUAAGCUUAAGUCCUACUGCAUUUUUGCAAUAAUAUGCCAAUUACUUUUCACUGUGUGUUGAUGUUUCUGUAAGUUAUCUAGGUGUGAAAAAUGAAAUGAAGUAUCACUAAAUCCUCAAUCUGUGUGGUGUGACUUUCACUGGAAUCUUUUAAUUGUGUUCUGUAAUUGUUUUCGAAUAUGAGACAUGAGCAUUUCAUUCAUUGCACUUACACAACCCGUGAGAAAACGGUAUAAAUUUACAGAUUUCUGGAGUUUUUAUUCCUCAUAUUUCUUCUACAGUGAAAUAAAAAGCUGCUAUAUGGAUGUCUUUGCAAGUAUAUCUCGCUAUGAUGAGAGCUAUUUAUGUAACUGGAAUAUAUAUAUAUAUAUAUAUAUAUAUAUAUAUACAGUUGUGCUCAGAAUGUUUGCAUACCCUGGCAGAAAUUUUGGCAUUGAUUUUGAAAAUAUAAAAAAAAACUGUCUUUUAUUUAAGGAUAGUGAUCAUAUGAAGCCAUUUAUUAUCACAUAGUUGUUUGGCUCCUUUUUAAAUCAUAAUGAUAACAGAAAUCACCCAAAUGGCCCUGAUCAAAAGUUUACAUACCCUUGACUGUUUGGCCUAGUUACAGACACACAAGGUGACACACACAGGUUUAAAUGGCAAUUAAAGGUUAAUUUCCCACACCUGUGGCUUUUUAAAUUGCAAUUAGUGUCUGUGUAUAAAUAGUCAAUGAGUUUGUUAGCUCUCACGUGGAUGCACUGAGCAGGCUAGAUACUGAGCCAUGAGGAGCAGAAAAGAAUUGUCAAAAGACUGCAUAACAAGGUAAUGGAACUUUAUAAAGAUGGAAAAGGAUAUAAAAAGAUAUCCAAAGCCUUGAAAAUGCCAGUCAGUACUGUUCAAUCACUUAUGAAGAAGUGGGAAAUUCGGGGAUCUCUUGAUACAAAGCCAAGGUCAGGUAAACCAAGAAAGAUUUCAGCCACAACUGUCAGAAGAAUUGUUUGGGAUACAAAGAAAAACCCACAGGUAACCUCAGGAGAAAUACAGGCUGCUCUGGAAAAAGACGGUGUGGUUGUUUCAAGGAGCACAAUACGACGAUACUUGAACAUAAAUGAGCUGCAUGGUCGAGUUGCCAGAAAGAAGCCUUUACUGCGCCAGUGCCACAAAAAAGCCCAGUUACAAUAUGCCCGACAACACCUUGACACGCCUCACAGCUUCUGGCACACUGUAAUUUGGAGUGACGAGAUCAAAAUAGAGCUUUAUGGUCACAACCAUAAGCGCUAUGUUUGGAGAUGGGUCAACAAGGCCUAUAGUGAAAAGAAUACCAUCCCCACUGUGAAGCUUGGUGGUGGCUCACUGAUGUUUUGGGGGUGUUUGAGCUCUAAAGGCACGGGGAAUCUUGUGAAAAUUGAUGGCAAGAUGAAUGCAGAAUGUUAUCAGAAAAUACUGGCAGACAAUUUGCAUUCUUUUGCACGAAAGCUGUGCAUGGGACUCUCUUGGACUUGCCAGCAUGACAAUGACCCUAAGCACAAGGCCAAGUUGACCCUCCAGUGGUUACAGCAGAAAAGGUGAAGGUUCUGGAGUGGCCAUCACAGUCUUCUGACCUUAAUAUCAUCGAGCCACUCUGGGGAGAUCUCAAAUGUGCGGUUCAUGCAAGACGACCAAAGACUUUGCAUGACCUGGAGGCAUUUUGCCAAGAUGAACGGGCAGCUAUACCACCUGCAAGAAUUUGAUGCCUCAUAGACAACUAUUACAAAAGACUGCACGCUGUCAUUGAUGCUAAAGGGGGCAAUACACAGUAUUAAGAACUAAGGGUAUGCAGACUUUUGAACAGGGGUCAUUUUAUUUUUUUCUUUGUUGCCAUGUUUUGUUUUAUGAUUGUGCCAUUCUGUUAUAACCUACAGCUGGAUAUGAAUCCCAUAAGAAAUAAAAGAAAUGUG